GUAGGUGACAUUCCAGAACUAUUUGGUUUGAAUAUUGAAGGUCGUGAGAUCAACCUUAACCAGAAGAAGAGAAAAGGGGAUUCUUACUUCAUUAAAAGACGAUUCCCUGGAGUGAAAAGGUUGUCCAAGGUGAUCCUGGAGCAACUAAUCAAAGAUGUAUCUAACACUAUUACGCUUGGCAUUUUUGAAAGAUAAGGGUAAAUCAAUUAUUAAGAGCAAGAUGAUAUGGAAACAUGUGAAAAGAGAAGGGCAAGUGAGUCUAUUUACGUUCAAUGUAUCAAACAAAGACAGGGACUUUCUUACCUGGUUGGGAAGGAAUAAUGUUCAUCAUUUCCCUAUUAUUUCAAGCAAGGAAUGUCCUAAACAAGAUCCUUCCAGUGUGGACAGCGGGAUUGCUGUGACGUACAUUAUCAAGCGAUUAUCGGAAGGUCUUGAAUUAGAGUCUACCUUUAAAAAAGGUGCCAUGACUCAGCAGAGAGCACAUGUUUUGGGAAGGUUCUUAAGUGACAACAAUGACGGUUAGGCUCAUCUUUGUGAAAGGAGUUUGGGAGGGACAAGAAUGCCAUUUGGAAGGCCUUUCAUCAGUUUUUAUGUCUUUUCUGGAAUGUUAAUGAUUGUGGAUGCUUAAAGUGAUCUUAUAUGUAUUUUUUUGCAAUGUUUGAGAAUUUGUAUGAUUAAAGUGUGUUUCUUAAAACACGAUGGAUCGUGUGGAAAUCAUUUUAUUUCUGAAUAAAUUUUUUUUUAUGCACAAUUAAACAGGGUUAAUGGGGUGAAUAGGGUUGUCUUUACGUUGGAGGCAAUAUUAUGGGAAAGUCUGGUAGUUUGUGAUUUCCCCUGGGCAUAAGGGGGGAGGGUCGUGAAGUAGUUUCAUAUAGUAUAGGUAGCAAAAUGCAUUUCCUGAAACCGGAGUUAUAUGUGCAUAAGGCAUUCGCUGGACGAUUUACGUACAA